AUGUUGCGUUUCGUUUGUUUACUUGCUUGUCUGUUUCAGGUUGCUCUCGGCCAGUGCGCUGGUAGUCUAGGACAAAUUGCACCAGUAAAUGCAGUGGCUUCUGGUCCUGCAUACGGAUAUGAAGAACUGGGUCGGGUACCAAAUCCUGCCUUAGGGGUCUAUAGAGGUCCAAGUUUCCCUGCUCCUUACAAUUCUAUUGGAAACUACGGAGGUGUCGGAACUGGAGAUUUAUCAGUGGUUGGAGAAAUGCCUGUUGCUGGUAGCACCGUCGUUGUUGGCCAGAUACCGGUGCUAGGCAAUGUGCGAUUCGAUGGUCAAAUACCAGCUGGUGGUAUUAUUUCAGUUUCUGGAAGUUGCAGCUGUGGAGUUAACGGUGCCAUCAUCAGUUGA